AUGAGACAGGAAACAACUACCGCAGGUGGACCCACAAAUGGACAGAAACACGUAAUCGAAAAGACAACCAUAUUUUUGGAUAUUAAUAUGAUGCACGAGACACUGCAACUUUCGCUGCAAAACACACACAAAUUUAUGGAUAAUUACGAUAAAAAUGUCCGACCAAGUCCAGUCACCGAAGUAAUAAUUUCACUGUACAUAAAUCGAAUAUCGGCUGUUGAUGAGAACAAGGAAGAAAUUUCUUUUGAUGUCUUUCUGCAAGUAAUUUGGCAAGACACACGCAUCGAAAUAGCGAACGAAAGCAAACAUUUAGAGUAUGUGGAAUUAACAGCACAAGAGCGACAUAAAAUAUGGGUGCCUGAUUUAUACAUAAGACAAUUACGCGAAAUGAAAGUUCUGACGUUAUUUGAGGAAAUUUCAAGUUUACGAUUAUAUCAAAAUAGCACAAUAACUCUUAGUAUAGGCGCUACAAUCAUUAUCAAAUGUGAUAUGGAUUUCAUUUUGUUUCCAUUGGACGUGCAAAAAUGUCCCAUAGAUUUUAGCAGUUACAAAUACUCAGUGAAGGAAAUGAAGUUUCAUUGGAAACACGAAAACGCCUUGUCUUUCCCAAAGGAUUUUGGCGAGGGGUUCUUUCGUUUACCCAAGUAUAUUGUAACUUUUCGUCACAGAGAUGAACCAUAUUUGGUGAAUUAUGGUGACGCGGAGCAUCAUUCUGCCCGAUUAGAGAUAAAACUAACAAGGGAAGUAAAAAGUUAUUUGUUAGAAAAUUACUUGCCAUCCACAUUAUUUGUAUGUAUAUCCUGGGGUAGUUUUGUUGUAGCUCCUGAGUGGCCAGGACGAAUGGUACUCUUAGUCACAGUUCUUCUGUCUCUCGUAACGAUGUUUGAUACGAUACGAAACAACUCGCCAGAAGCUCUCGAACUAAAAAGUAUCGAGGUGUGGCUGAUCUCAUGUACAUUAUUCGUCUUUUUAUCGUUAAUGGAGUACUUUAUCAUAUUGUUUGGCAUGCGAUAUGACAAGCACUGGCGGCAUGCAAAGAAAAAAAUUCAAGAGACAAAAAUUGCGUCACCUAGACUUUUGCACGUGAGCGAAGGACCGCGAAUCUCUACCGAGUCACCAAGAAGACGCAAUGGACUAGAAGCUGCACGAAUGCUUGCCGGUGGAGGCAACAAAAUCUCGCCAGAACCAAAGACCAACGACACUUUGCAGCCACCUGAUGCGAAUAUCAGCAUUUCAACAGAAACACUUUCUGCUGCAACCCAAAAAAUGCAAAAUAUUAUGACGAAGAAUCGGUUUAAAAAUGUCGCAGACGUAGCUCUCUUGUACGCUGGAUCUCAAAGAGGACGUCUGGAUCAAAUUUCCCUCAUACUUUUUCCAAUCUCGUUUUUAAUGUUUACCACAAUCUACUGGGCCUACUACUUAACUGAAGCAAGAAAACGGUCAUAA